AAAAGCACAUUGGCCCACCCUCAGACUGAAAACUCAACCGGAAGAAAGGAAUAUUACCCGAACCGAAAACCGGCGCGAUUUUGAAUCAUCACCUGCACGCUGCACAUUCACUUUACUGCCAGAAAAGAGAAAACCAUUAAAAACGACACCAUCAUUCAAAAACAGCAUUCAGUAUAUCAUCGAAGCGUCUAGAAGUAUGGCUUUAGCGACAAGGCAGAGGCGGCUUUUGCCCACCGAUCGGUCAGCGUCGACGCCGGCGUCGUCGUCGUCUUCUUCAUCGUAUACGAAGGUCGAUAAGCCGAAGAGAUCCAACGGCGGAAAAGAUGACGCCGACCAAGGACUGGGGUGGCUGUUUCCGUUGAUUGCUCUAGGAAUGCUAAGAUACAUGAGUGCUUCUUCAAACAUCAUACACGACUGCGACGAGGUCUUCAAUUACUGGGAGCCUCUUCAUUAUCUCCUCUACAAGUCUGGCUUUCAAACUUGGGAGUACAGGUCCAUUUCUAGGCGCCCUAAUUUUGCUCCUUCUAUGCAAUUAAUAUGUGCCAGUAUUGGCAUUCUGUUUAGAUUUGUUGAUUGUGUUGUUUGUUACAGUUUGAUUUUCGCCUUGUGUUUGUUUGUGUGUUUAGCUUAGCUGAGGAUGUGAGUACAAUUACAGGUUUGCCAUAUUUCACGCGAUAUUUUGAUUCAAUUUUUUCUGUUUGGGUCCUCCCUUUUGUGUUUUGUAGCUCCCAGUUUGCGUUGCGGUCGUAUCUCUACAUUAUUUUCCACAACUUAGUUGGAUGGCCUGCUUCAUGGUGGUUUGGUGAGGAAAAAGUAAGAAUUUCCAUAGUUUAAUCUCGUCUCUAUGGCUAUUUGGUGCUGCUGUGUUGUUAAAUGACAUGGAUUUGAUGGGGAAACAAAUUCAGGUGAGGGUAUUUUAUGCUGUGAGAAUAUUUCUCGCGCUCAUUUCAGUUGUGGCCGAUGCUGCUCUGGUGGUUGCGCUCUCCAAGAAGUAUGGAAAACGACUUGCCACUUACACUCUGGCCAUGCUGUGCUUAACCAGCGGUUGUUUCUUUGCUAGUACUAGUUUCUUGCCUAGUUCCUUUGCUAUGUAUGCUAUGUCUCUUUCUUCAGCACUUUUUCUUUUUGGAAGACAUGCCAUGGCAGUGGCUGUUGCGGCGACUGGAGUUAUUCUGGGCUGGCCAUUCUCAAUCUUAGCAUUCCUUCCAAUCACUAUAUACUCUUUGAUCAAAAGAUUUAAAUGGUCCUUCCUCGCUGGCCUAAUCAGUUCUAUUACCCUUCUGGUGCUGUCUGGUGUGGUUGACUAUUAUUACUACAAAAAGUGGACGUCAUCUGUUCUUAAUCUGUUGGUGUACAAUGUCCUAGGCGGUGGAGAGAGCCAUUUAUACGGUGUUGAAGGGCCACUGUAUUAUCUCAAGAAUGGCUUUAAUAAUUUUAAUCUCUCUUUUGUUCUUGCCCUGCUGUUCCCUGCUAUUCUACCUGUUGUGAAGAAGAAAUAUGCUCCGGAGUUAUUGGUUAUUGUCUCACCUGUCUAUAUCUGGAUAGCAUUUAUGUCAUUGCAGCCUCAUAAAGAAGAAAGGUUUCUCUAUCCAAUAUAUCCGCUUAUAUGUGUUGCUGCUUCAGCUGUUAUUGAGAGCUUUCCUGAUUUGUUCCGGGAUAAGUAUGACCCUCGUGAUGAUUCUAUUCUUGUAACGAUGGCGAAAUUUGUCAGACCCUUUGUUCUUGGUCUUAUUUUGUGUGUAUCCCAUUCACGUACGUUUUCUCUGAUUCACGGGUAUUCGGCACCUAUAGAAACUUACAAACAUUUGGAGCAUCAUGACGACGUAGGAACAGGUUCUGUUCUUUGUGUUGGGAGUGAGUGGCACCGAUUUCCUUCAUCCUUCUUCAUUCCUGAUUAUGUGGCUGAAGUUCGUUGGAUAGAUGAUGGGUUCACGGGGCUUCUUCCGUUCCCUUUUAACUCAACUUUGGGUGGAACUUCUGCAGCACCUUCUUAUUUCAACAAUAAGAACAAAGCAUCAGAGGGGCAAUAUCUGCAGGAUAUUGAGAAGUGCACAUUGCUUGUAGAGUUGCAGCUUCAACGACCUUUCCUAACUCGCGGAAGUGACUUGCAAACGUGGGAGGCGGUUGCAGCAAUACCUUAUCUGGAUAGGGAAAUGUCUCCACCGCUGUACCGUUCAUUCUUCAUCCCAUAUCUUUGGCAACAGAAGAAUGUUUUUGGCUUAUACAAAUUGCUGAAGAGAAUUCCCAAGUGAUGAUGGAUCAAGGAUUGUUAGUUAUGUUAGGCUAACCUUUUUUGCGCCGAGCUCUUAAUGCUCUUUUGACAAUCCUUUUUGCUAAUUUGGAUUAGUUUACUUAACAUGUAGGUCAGCUUAUCUAAUCUAUUUCUGUGAACUUCUAUCAUGUACCAUUUCUGCUGAAUUACUCAUUGAGUGAAUCUAUUGUUUGUGCUGUGCCUUUUCGGAUCUUCGAUUUUUGUACUUCACUGUUGCGAUGUGGAUGACAAUGAGAUUCAAUUUUUGUACUUGGUGACAAUUUCGUCA